UAAUUGCUCCUCUCAAUAGCUUUAAUCAGUUUAACAAGAUGAACUCCAAUGAAGACGAAAGGAUAAUCCUUGACGUUGAAGAAUCUCUUCUUAUACAGGAUGAAGUGAACAAUGUCUUGACCGGAUUGUCUUCUUCAGCUGAAGAUGGUUCUGUUGACAUUUAUGGAAACCCACCAUCGAAGAAGAAAACAGGAAACUGGAAAGCUUGUCCUUUUAUUCUUGGAAACGAAUGUUGUGAGAGAUUAGCUUACUAUGGAAUUGCCAAGAAUCUAAUCACUUAUUACACAAGUGAAUUACACGAGUCCAAUGUUUCUGCAGCUAGCGACGUCAUGAUUUGGCAAGGAACCUGCUAUAUCACACCUCUCAUUGGAGCUGUUAUAGCUGAUUCUUACUGGGGAAGAUACUGGACUAUUGCUUCUUUCUCUGCUAUUUAUUUCAUUGGAAUGGCUUUAUUGACACUCUCGGCUUCAGUUCCCGGUUUAAAGCCAGCGGAAUGUGUUGGCCUUGUUGCGGUUCUAUGCCCACCAGCAACAACCGUUCAGUAUGCGGUUUUCUUUUCAGGGCUUUACCUUAUUGCACUUGGUACUGGAGGUAUCAAACCAUGUGUCUCAUCUUUUGGUGCUGAUCAGUUUGAUGAUACUGACCCGAGGGAACGAGUUAGAAAAGCUUCUUUCUUUAACUGGUUUUACUUCUCUAUCAACAUUGGUUCAUUUAUCUCGUCGACUUUGCUAGUUUGGGUUCAAGAGAAUGUCGGGUGGGGACUCGGUUUCUUGAUUCCCACCGUGUUUAUGGGAGCCUCUAUCGCGAGUUUCUUCAUUGGAACUCCGCUUUAUAGGUUUCAGAAACCGGGAGGUAGCCCGAUUACUAGAGUUUGCCAAGUUCUUGUAGCUGCAUACCGUAAAUUGUAUCUCAAUCUCCCUGAAGAUAUCUCAUUUCUGUGUCUUGACAAAGCUGCCAUAGUCUCAGAAGAUGAAUCGAAAUCCGGUGCUUUUUCCAACCCAUGGAAGCUAUGUACUGUAACUCAAGUCGAAGAAGUUAAGAUUCUGAUCCGUAUGUUUCCUAUCUGGGCCUCGGGGAUCAUCUACUCGGUCUUAUAUUCACAGAUUUCCACUCUAUUUGUGCAACAAGGACGGGCCAUGAACCGGGUACUCCUCUCUUUUGAGAUCCCUCCCGCUUCAUUCGGGGUUUUCGACACACUUAUCGUGCUCAUAGCCAUCCCAAUCUAUGACCGUUUCAUCGUACCCUUUGUGAGACGGUUCACAGGUAUACCAAAAGGGUUAACUGAUCUGCAGCGAAUGGGCAUUGGUCUUUUUAUCUGUGUCCUAAGCAUUGCAGCUGCAGCUAUUGUUGAGACAGUGCGGUUGCAGCUCAUUCAAGACACAGUUUCAAUGAGCAUAUUUUGGCAGGUCCCUCAGUAUAUACUGAUGGGAAUUGCAGAGGUCUUCUUCUUCAUUGGCCGAGUCGAGUUUUUCUAUGAUCAAUCUCCUGAUGCAAUGAGAAGUGUAUGCAGCGCUUUGGCACUACUCAAUACCGCAGUCGGAAGCUACCUGAGCUCGUUGAUCCUCACUCUUGUGGCGUAUUUGACAACAAUUGGAGGUAAAGAUGGUUGGAUUCCAGACGACCUUAAUAAAGGACAUCUUGACUACUUCUUCUGGCUUUUGGUCUCUCUUGGACUUAUCAACAUUCCUGUUUAUGCCUUCUUCUCUGUUAAGCACACGAAGAAGAAGGCUUUAUAAGCUACUUUUGUAACAAGCUAUGUUGUUUUGGUUCAUCAUGUUCAUGGUGCCUACUCUGUGUUACGUUUUAUAGUCUGUACAGUUCUGGAUGCAGGAUACUUGUACACUUUUUAAAAAUUAUGAAUAAUGCUUCGACCUUGUACAAUGAACGAUUAUUGAAACA